AUUAUACCAGCACAUGUAUAUGUACAAAAUUUAUAGAAUUUAACUUGCUAUUUAACCGGGAGUUCCCCGACCAAAGAAUAAAGUUACCUAUUUGUUCGUGGGUGUAUUCCAGGGUUGCCAUAAUAAGUAAUAGAAUAUCUACUAAUAAUAUUCACACUUACGAUCCGCUAUGGGUUUCGAAGCCAUCGAAGUAAAGUAAGAGGACCUAUACUAACCUUUUAAACUAUUCCUAUUGCUAACGUUUUAAGAAAUUAUCGAUAAUUAAUAGUCGAUUAGGAAAUCAUAAUCUAUAGCAAAUGAUAAUGCGAUAAAUGGUAUAUAUAAAAGUAGCGAUUAAUGGUAAUAGAUUCCGCACACCAUUACUAUCAAAUUUCAAAUGUCAAUGUCAGACGCAUUUACAAUUUACAAAACAUUUACGCGCGUUAAUGUUUUAGAUCUAGGAUUUUUUAUAAAAAGUACAAAUAAAUAUGGCAGAAAAACUUGAGGAUCUAAAUCUUCCUAUGACUGUAGUUACCAGAAUCGUGAAAGAAGCUUUACCAGAAGGAGUUUCUAUAUCGAAAGAGGCUAGAACGGGUCUAGCUAAAGCUGCCUCAGUUUUCGUCCUGUACGUUACCUCCGCUGCGACAAAUAUAGUAAAAAACAAAAAAAGAAAAGCACUUACCGGUCAAGAUGUACUAGAUGCUAUGAGAGACAUUGAAUUCGAUCGUUUCGUGGAGCCCUUAGGGGAAGCUUUCGAACAAUAUAAACAAGUAGUUUCAGCUAGAAAGUCCGGUAUGAACAAGAAGAAAGAAGAAGGAGACGAAGUGGAGAUCAUCGAAGAAGAUUAAUGAUAAAACUGUGACAAUAAAAACACUUUUAGGUGACAAGUGCUAUUGUUUUGAUUAAAUUAUUUUUAUACUUAUUAAAACUUUUUUUCUUAUAACAUAGUAAAUUAGUAGUUACUACAUAUCAGUGUUAUAAAAACUUAUAGUUACAAUAUACAAGGUGGACUUAAACACUUCAAAAAUAUAAUAAAACAACAUUCUUCUCUUUAUCACUUUAUUCAGGAAUAUAAUCAGCUCGAAACAAUCUUGAAUGUUAACAUUAAACUCUGGGUUACACUACUCGCAGCUAGCACAUUGUAUUUACAUUCUCACAAGGUACUCAUUCUAUACUUUGAUUUAACCAAAAUAAAUAUCCACAUCUCUAAUAUUCUGUCAUACAUAAAUCUAAUUUAUAAUUUCAUUGAAUAUUAUUAAAUUAUAUUUUUAUUGUUAGAAUGAAUACUAUAAAUUUCAUAAAUAGAGAAAUUGGAAAUACUUAUUCACUACUAUCAAAAUUGUCAAAUGUAUUAUUUUUAAGAGAUCGAGAAAUUCAAAGAAAAUUAAUGAUAGACACAGACAAGUGUAAAAAAAAAAUUAUGAUAAUCCAAGCUUUCUGAUGAAGGUUAAAACUAAAAUCUAAUAAAAAAGCAUUUUAUGCCUAAUUUUUUUUACAUAUUUUAAAUUUAUAUUUUUUGUCAUUAUAAUAAUUUAAUAGACUUCCAAUGCCAGACUUUGAAUUCUAUUUUAUAUCUAUUCUUAUAACAAAAUCAGCAUAAAUGCUGCAAGCCAGUCAUUCAAAUAUAAUUUCUAUAAGUAAAAAUUUUGUUAGGUACUCUUGUUAUAUUAUUGCACUCAAUAUUGUUUUUCUUUGAAUAAUCAAAGAAUAUUUCACUUACCUUAUUUAGACUAAAAUCAAGUAAAUGUUUAUAUUUUUUAUAUCAGUACAUGGGCUUUAUUUUAUGUUAUACAACUCUUCAUUUUACUUGGUUCUGACGAUUUUAUUUAGUUAUGUUUAUGUGUUACUGUUUUUGUAGGAAAAAGUUAUUGGAUACAGGAAGCAUUUAAACUUUAAAAUUAUAUUAAACAAAAUUUUAUCCAUCAACUCAUUUGAAAAAUAAUUGUUAAAAUGUCCAUUCUUAAUUGUGCAGUAAUCUAUAUUUCACAGGAAAAUCACAAUUUAAAAAUGCCGAGUUGUACAAUGAAAUAAAACCCUGGUGUUAUAUUCCUUAGUCUCCUUACCUGAAAUAGGUAACUACAAUUUACAUCUACAAAACACAUCUAAAACUUCUAAACUCAUUACUAUAAUUUAUUAAUAAUUAUCGACGAUAUUUUAAUUUUUUCUUUAUUAACAGCCUUUCCCAGUCCAUACUCCUCCACUCAAUUUGGCAAACUUGUCAGCGAAGUAUUAAAUAACUUUAUCAGUGAAAUAUAAAUUUUGUAACACAUUUUAGUAGAGUGAUACAAAAACAUCGUAUUUUAAACCUUACGGUUAUCAAAAUACGACUUUUAAUUUUAAUCAGAUUUAAUUCUAUUCAGAUUAAGAUGGGUCUUCAUUGAAAAUGGUAGGUUUACUCUACGCCAACGAAUAUUCACAUGCCAUUGGCCGUAUUAGUUG